GUCCGCCAACGAUGCAGAUCUUCAGCUUCUUCCUUCUUCUUUCUCUCAUUUGCCCCAUAUUCGCCUUGCCAACCCCGAAUCGCUUGUACAAGCGUACCCCUGCUGCCGAUGACUUGACGGAGUACAUCUCGGAACGUGAUUUCGAUUUGACCGAGCUUCCGAACGGCGAUGUUCUCCACCGGCGUGAUCUUGAGGCGCGUUUCCUAGAUGAGGAGGAGCAGGACUUCUCCGAACGGGCGCUCGAGGAGGACGAGUACGUGGAGGUUGACGACCGCUCCAAGAUCGGGGAGAAGAUCAAAGGUUUUUUCAGGAAGAUCGGCAACGGGAUCAAGGCCGUCGCUAGAGUCGCCAUGAACAUCCUACCCGUUGGUCGUACUGCCAAAAUGGCCGUCAAAGCAGGUGAGGGGAUCGCCAAGGUCGUUGAAUCGAAGAAGCAGCACUGAAUGAGGCACGUGAGCGUAUGCAUGGAGGAAUCCUUCGGAUAUAGACGAUCCUGGGGAGUUGAAUAUGAACACGCUCAUCAGGAAGAAACGUAAUGACAGCUUGUAUCUCUAGGUAUCUUAGUCAGCGUCUAUGCACA